AUGGAUGUGGGUGUGGUGGUGGCGUCCGCUGUUGACUCUGUUGGGGAGUCUUCUAUCGAGACCUCCAGCACCGUAACGACGACGGCCACGUCGAUAGAGGCGGAGGCCGCGGCGCCGGAGGGAAAGACGGGGGAACAACAACAAUCGGGAGGCGGCGCCAUUGACGCCGUGUUUUUGCUAAUCGUUCAAGUCGUUUUAGCCGGCGUCCAGGGGUUUGCGGUGCUUGAGUGGCUACUAGGCAGGGUGUCGGAGGCGUUGGCUUGGGCUGUUGAACUGUGCAUUCUUUGGGUGCAGCCUUCGGAUUGA